AUGCCUAGAACACUGCUCCUGUGUUUCAUACACGGGUUCAAGGGCGACGAUGAUACCUUUCAGAGUUUUCCAUACGAUCUGAAGGUCCAGGUUGCCAAGAAAAUCCCGGAUCAGAAUGUCGAGUCCAUCGUCUACCCCAAGUACGAGACGAAAGGCGAGCUCGCACAGUCGACUGAGGCGUUCUUGACAUGGCUAAAAGAGCGGGUAAUGGAGGUGCGAAAGGCCCAUAGUGAGAAGCCGUGGCCACCAAACGACAGAGACGUAGGUGUGGUUAUUGUUGCGCAUUCCAUGGGUGGCUUCGUGGCGGCAGAUGCCCUAUUCUCUCUACUCAAUGACAGGAUCGCCCACGAGAACGAUGAGGAUGCACCAAUUUUCCCCAUGAUCCAGGGCAUACUGACCUUUGAUACCCCUUACAACGGCCUGGCGCGCUCCAUGUUCGUCUACGGCGCCUUCUCCAACUACCAGAAGGUCAGCAGCGUCUUCAACGUCAUGACGGCAAUUUCGGCCGCGGCGCCGUCGCAACUGGGUAAACUGGCCGCAAAACGCUCGGCUACCUCGGCCGUUGCUUCCAGGAGCUCAAGUCCGGCGUGGAAGAGCUGGCAAUUAAUCGCGGUCAAGACUGGAACUGUCGGCGCCAUCGCUGCCGGUGGUGUCACGGCGUACAUGCACCGCAAGCAGAUCAUGGAAGGCAUGAAGAGCAUGCGCAACCUCAGCAGGGAAUCUGUCCAGGAGUCCGUCAAGGGGGGCUACCAGCAAAGCGUGGAUGCAGUCGGUCAGGGACUGGCGUACAUCAACCGCGGCAAUGUCGGCAGAUCCUUUGAGUAUCUCUCAGAUCACUUCACCUUCGUCGGAUCUCUUAUGAAGCAGCAAGAACUGAGCAGGCGACUUGAGCGCAUGGGUGCUCUGAGGGGCGUUGGAAUUCACGAUUUUUACACUUCUCUAGGAGAGAACGGAGUCUGGAGCGGUGGUUACUUCGUACCGGAGCGAACAUUCUGCGCAAUUCCGAACCCCGAUCACGGAGCCUAUCCCCUCUUCUCACGCCAAGUUAUCAAGAAGACGGAGGAUGAAAUCCAGGCUCACAUGAGCAUGUUCCAGCGCGACAAGAACCUGAACUACGAGGCCAUGACGGAUGAGGCAAGCGACCUGGUUAUCAAGUGGUUCAAGGAUGAAUCAAAAAUCGUCGAUGAUCCCAAGUUCGCAGCACCGGCACCACCUGAACCCAUUGAGGAGCCAGUUGCCACGACUGAGGAGGGUAAAGAAGUCCCGCAAGCCGAUGCGGCGCAAGUCAAGGAAAUGGAGUCCCAACCCGAGGAUGCCGACGAUAAAGAGCUCCCAGAUGAGUCACCGUUGGACAUUGCCGCAGCUGCUUCUAUGGUACCUCUACCAGAUGACAAUGAUGAGGCCCCGGACAGCAUUGAUGCCACAGACUCAGACAAGAGCACUUACAUGAAGUAUCUCUUUGGUGUGGCGCAACAGGCCGGAACAGGCAUCGCAUCAUAUGUUCCGAGGACGGUGCCUGAUAUGCCAAACAUCCCAUCCGGCUCCAGCUUCAAGUCGUACAUCCCGAGCCAGAUGCCAUCCAUGCCCAAUAUGCCAAACCUACCGUCCAUGAACAUGUUCUCGAGGAAGCAGAAAGAUGGCAGCGGCGCAGAAACCCCUGUCGAGGGAGAAAAGAGCGCCGCAGAGACCACUACGACUACUACGACUGAGGAGGUGCCGUCAGAGAAGCCAGCGGCAGUCGAGCAGAAGGUAUCCUGA